GCGCCCCCUCCUUGUUCUAAUGCGGAGAGGAAGGGAGGGGAGAAGCCGUUUCAAAUACACAUACAUUUCAAUAUCGCUACUGAAUAUAUAUCUAUACGUUUUUCUCCAAAGAAUGAUUUGUGCAUAUGGAGUGGAUAUUAAAUUUGCGUAUUUAUCACGCUUAACACUUACGACGCACUCAAACGAAAGGAAAACGGCAGGAUAAAUCCUAAAAAGAAGCGAAGCGGCCUGUUUUUGUUCCUGAGGCGCAGCUCACACUGACAUCAAACGGGCACUUAACUCACGGCGCUUUGUUACACCAGACCUGAAAUUACUUCGCAAGUAAGCACGGUUAAUAUCUGGCACCCUAACGCACUGAAAGACUGGGUGCACAAAAAAGCGGCCUGUUUUAUUUUUUUGCAGCGGCAGCGCCAUGAAGAGCGGCGGACAAUAACAAGAGUGACGGUGCUUGUGUGUUACCACUAUGAUCCGAGGCUAAUCACGUAUGUGCACGUCAAGAAUAAUAAAUAAACAUAUGGAAUAACACCGCGAAUAAGGACUGCAUUCAUCCAGGAUAAGACAAGGAAGCAAUCUGCGCUCUGUUUGAAUUUGGUGGUAAUUGGAGGCCCGGUAGGGUGAAGAGCGCCACCCGUGUGUUGUUGUUGCAUUAAAAAAAAAGAUGCAAAAAAUCGUGCACAUGCAUCGCUGAAUGUGUUUUCAAUCGGAUCAACGUGAAUGUGCUUUUAUCCGAUGACGAUGAGGAUUUGGCCGUAUUUCGUGCCGUGGAAGAGGGGCAAACGUUAAGAUGGAGUGGUUUUAAUGCAUGCGAUGUAAAGACAAGCAUAUCUGCUGAAAUCUCCCUUGCAUUUCACACUCGACGGAAUUGCACGCGCAGGUUCAUCGACAUUGAUGAUACGUGGGCUGCUGGCGGGACUGAAGCCUUGUACUGUCGCUCCUUUUCUUUUUUUUUUCCUCCCCGAACUGGAUCUGUCUAGCACGACACUGCUGAGAUGAACCCGGUGAAUGCGACCACUCUCUACGUGUCAGCUUGUCGGUCGGUGCUGCAGUGCGAUCCCCGGGACCCCCAGGCUUUGGCGGAAAUCUAUAAGCUCUUGCCUUUUUUCAGACAGUCUCUCGCCUGCCUUGUGUGUGGCAAUUUGCUACAAAAUCCAAUCGCUCCUACCAAUUCGUCGUGCCAGCACUAUGUCUGUAAAUCAUGUAAAGGCAAAAAGAUGAUGAUGAAACCGUCGUGCAGCUGGUGUAAAGACUAUGAGCAGUUUGAAGAGAAUAAGCAGCUGUGCAUCUUGGUGGACUGCUACAGAAAGCUCUGCGAGUACAUCGCAGAUUCUCCUCUCGCCCAGCACAUUUCAAGUACUGUGGAAGGUUCCCCAGACAUCCUGGCUCUGUUGAAUGAGGGCCUCUCAUUGGACAACCGGCAGGAGGAGGAGGAGGAGGAGUCACUCUCCCUGAGCUUCACUAACCAGUCCCCAACACCCUCAACCUCAGAAAUGCUCCCUGACGAGGUCCAGUCCCCUUCGACAGAGAUCAAGGAGCAAGGCCUUAGUCCUUUAGGGGUGAAUGGUCUCCAGGACUGCAAUGGCUUGACCAACGUGGAGGAAUUGACCGCCAGUUUACCUUCACUAGAGGCCAGUGUUCCAGACUCGGUGGAGAGUGGGAGCGACCUAGUGAAACAAGAGAGUUUCACAAAUGAGAUCCCAGUGUGUGAGGCAGUGGCAGCUGCUGGCGAGGAGCUUUGUACCAGCACCAUGGACAUUUGUGGCUUUGGCGAGGAUAUUAAGCAUGAUGGCGGGACUCUCCUUUUGAGUGUAGAGGAAGUGCUCAGGACUCUAGAACCAGACCACGUCACCCAGGAUGAGUGUCCUGCUAUCUUGCAGUCGGCUCUUGAUCCUUCGGGGAACUUAAAUGGACCUUUUGCCUCGGUUGACUCUGCCCGACAACUCUCCUCGCUCCCACAGGAAGUUCUCUUGCCCCAACACCUGACGUCCCAGAAGAAUCCGCAACAUUUGGGAAUAUCUUGUUCCGCCGUGACACCAAGAAUGCCACGGUCCAACCGGAAACGCUCGCGGUCGGAAAGCGACAGCGAGAAGAUUCAACCCCUACCCAUUUCCACCUUCAUCCGCGGCCCCACGUUGGGCGCUUCCGCCCCUGUUCCGGUCAAGUGCGAACCUAAAUCUCCUGCUCUGACUAUCCCUCACAUGGCGGCGGUGCCCAACGGUGGCGGCCUUUCUAAGGUGGGCAAGACAUUACUGGUGCCUGCUAAAACUGUCAAAAAGACCCUUGACCACCAUGGACCCAAAAAGGCGUACACUAAGUCCAAACAGGGCACUCCAAAGUCGAAAGAGAAGACGAAAGAACGGAUUCUGACUAACGCACUCAUUCCUGGGAGCCCCACGAAAGUGGUGUACAAAAAAGCGCAAGAGAAAAAGGGCUGCAAGUGCGGCAGAGCAACUCAAAACCCAAGUGUUCUUACAUGCCGUGGACAACGAUGCCCCUGUUACUCCAACCGCAAAGCCUGUCUGGACUGCAUAUGCAGGGGCUGCCAGAACUCCUACAUGGCCAAUGGCGAAAAGAAGCUGGAGGCCUUUGCGGUGCCAGAGAAGGCGCUCGAGCAGACAAGACUUACUCUGGGCAUUAAUGUCACCAGCAUUGCAGUGCGAAACGCCACAGGUAGCAGCACUGGCGGGAUGCUUAACGUCUCCACGGCAGCUGGCUCACCUGUGGCCUCCUUCUUGGCUACGGGGCCGCACGAAGACAAAGGAUUCGAUGAACCGUUGGACAUGAGGUUUGACUGAGUUCCAGAUGAUUCUCCUUUAACAUCGCCCUGUAUUCCAAACCGACUUGCUUUCAGUGUGGCGGCACUCUGCCGAGGGGCUGAUGUAGAGUCAGCGAUAAGGCAGCUACUGUGAUUCUGUUCCAGUUCACAUUAUCAAUUAAACUAGUUAUUGCUGAAGCUUGUGCCUUUAAAUCAUUUGUACUAUUCUUUUUGAUUUUCUUGCACACCUUUAGAGGAGCGUUGAGACUGGAUAACAGAAGUCGAAAGUUUCUUUUGGUAAAGGUUUUUCUUUCCAUUUCAGUACAAGUGAUCUAUAAGGCAUGAUCUUUGGCAAGAUAUACCUGACCUCAUUGUUGUGGGUCACGUUAUGUGCAUAUGUGGAAGAUUUUCAGUUUGUAGGUUAGGGGAUGAGACCUGUUAAAUGAAUGGUACCCUACAGCAUCAGUAGAGACUGGUUGUAUUUAUAAACAGUUUUUGUACACAGACUUAAGGAAUACAAUUUAAAAAAAGUACAUUUUAUGAUAUAUUUUGUAAGUUACAUUAACAACAUUUGCAGUAUUUAUUGGGUAUCACUUAACAUAGAUUACGGUCCACCCAGGGCAUCAGCUGGAUACCAUUUCUACAGAUGCAAGUCACACAGAUGCAGUAUGUACGGUUUUUCUGUCUAAAUUAUGUUGUUGUCCUGAUUGUGCUAGUUUUUUGCUGUCUCCAAACUGUUAUUUUUUUUCCCUUGGGGCAUUUAAAUACCUGUAAUAUAAAUGUAACAUAUUUCCACAAAAAAGAAAAAACCUAACACGACUCAUGUUUUUCAUUUCAAAAAUCACUCUAUCAAAGUAAUUGCAUAGGUUUUUUUCCCCUGAAGGUGAUUUUAUAAAUCAUCUUGACAAGUUUAGAAAGGGGCUUUGAAUGAUAAAUGUAUUAAUUAGUGUGACUGUUUAUAUCUAAACAUGAAUGUGAAUAGAAUAAGCUCAACACAGCUGCACAGACAUGUGAUGUUAAACAAAGGGUGCUGCAAACAAUUACAAGAUUGUAUUACAAUCCCAAGUCUUUGCAAUGAAACAUAUGUUGUCCAUAUGCGAGUAAGUAACUUAUACAGCUGUUCAUGAAUGAACUGUAUAUUGUUUUUCCUGACCAAGUCAACCAGAAGUCAUAUGAAGGUGGGUAUAGUUUGGAGAAGGCAUUGUUUUGUUAGCUUGCAGCUGGAAGAUCCACACUAUUUCUUCUUUACUAGUGCAAAAAUCAUUUUACAGGGGCUAAGCAUACAAUUUUAAUGUGGCGUGUCAUUCAUAUUCCAGCUCAGGAAAAAUAUUGCUUAGGUUCAUUCAGCCACGGUAAAAUCCAUAUAUAGGCUAUUGUUUGUUUUCAACUGGUGUGGCAUCUUGACUACGGUACCUUUGAACAAUCUAUAUUGCACCUGAAACAUUAGAGGUUAAAAUAUAUAACUGUUAAUCAUUCAUGUUCCAAAGAGCACUAGAUGGGUAACUGGAAUGCCCUCAAUGGUCUAAUCAAGCAAACUGGGGUGCAGUAAUGCACUGGAUCUCUGCCCAGUAAUUGUAAUUACGAACAUUUACCACAAGUAGGCAGAAUACAAAAAAAAAACAUUUGCUAUUGUGAUCAAAUGUACCUUGUGUAUCUCAAUAAUUUGCAUAUUCAUGACCUCUUUGUUCAUGGGAAAUGGUUGUAGUAAAUCUGAUGACAUUUUCUAUAA